UCUUCUGAGGAUGGUUCCAGCCUUGAGUCUGGAGAUGCUUUUUUCAGUUAGUGACUUUUUUCGGAGGCGGAUUAAAUCAAAGCAUCAUCUGAUGCUGAGUGGUGCUGGGAUGAGGACACAGACUGGGAUCCCUCCUCUGAGCGCCCACCAUCUCAACCUGCCAGGCAGCAGCAGCAGCAGCGGGAGGAGGAGGAGGAGGAGGGUGCAGCGUGUUUAUCUUUCGCUCCUCCAGUGGUCCGCAUGACCCACUUCGGUACCACACACACACACAGGCGAACCCAUUCAUUCACAUCCACGCGGGGGGCUUAGUAAACCUUCAAUCUCUGCGGCGCGCGUGGACGAAUCUCCAAAAUAUCUCGCCAGUUCCGCGUCUUGCGCGCUGUCAAUCCCGUCUAGGUGUUUCGUCUGUCUGUCCAGCGGGACUCGGGGGAUGAGUUAGGGGGGGAAGAGGGGGGAGGUUUGGUCUCAGAUGUUGUUCCUGUGCUGGUUCUCCCAGUCAGCUCCCUCAUUGUUCACCGUCUCCACCCUCUGGCUACCUAAUACGCGCACGUGUCCCAGGUCCUAGCGCCUGCAUGCUCUCAUACAAAUACGGUAACCACACAACCUCCGUGAUUUUUUUUCCCAAACUUUUGAUUCAUGCUUUGAAGGAACAAGCUGCUCCACUCUUGCAUAAUUCAACAGCUUAUGGCCUCGAGUCCUUCACGCGCUGACUUUGCCAACUGUCCUUAUUAGGUAACAGCGAGGCAGGACUUUCAAUUAAUUCCGGGCCCUGGCAGAACCCCUUUUACUGUACAUGUUUAACCACAGGACUCGUGCCAGUCUUAAGUGCCAACAAGAGCAGAUUGGACUGAGAAAACAGCGUGGACAUAACAGGGGGACCUUGAAUGCAUCAUCACUGAAGUCCCUUGAUCAUCCGAUGAGAUAAUCAGAGCAUGAGUGAAGGUGAAAUGACUGGAAGCUAAUAAAUAAAGAUGAAGUCAGUGUUUUGUUGUUUUUUGUUGCCUCCAACCAGCUUGAUCUGCUUCAUUUUCAUUGUAUAAGUCUUUUUUUUUCUUCUUUUAAAUGUUCCUGUUUGCAAAGCGCUUAAAAUUGAGUUUAGGAAUCCAUACUCUUCCUUUUAGCCACUCAUACUAGGAAUUAAAAUCAAAUACCUUUCACUCUUGGCACUUUAUUGUGGAUCAUUUCUGACUAACAAUGAGAGAUUCUCAAUAUUGACAUCUUAGAAAGUCAUCUCUCAAGACCAGGAGCAGGACUGAAACAUCCGGGCCAAUCCAGACCUUUCUGCACUGAGGCGGCACAACUGGAGCACAUAUUUAUGCUUGCAAAGAGGGAACUAGACAUGCUGAGGACUUCUCAGGGCUACAGCCUAUUUAAAGCCGUGGAGAGCAACUUUUGGUCUGUGUUGGUUUUGGUGCCCCCAGAGGACAAAGUCAUACCUCUUAUAUCCUGCCUUGUAUGUGUAAAAGUAGAAUUUUCAGACCAAUACCUUACCCUGUUGUCCUUUAACAGUGAAAUGUACCACUCACUGCAAAUAUUUGCCUCUGAAAAAGACAAAUUAAAGCUGUUAAUGUAGCCUGCUAUCAGUCAUCUAGUCUGACACUUUCUCCCUCACAGCCAUUUCAGGUAUCAAAAAUAACAACUGAUAACAAUUUUUGUUAUGUUGCUGAUGGUCUCAUUAGCUUUUGAAUGUUAUAAAGAAGCAUCCGUAUCACAGUCAACCAGUUCAAAACUCCUCACAGUGCUUUUAAUGAACUGAGGUGAAGUAGAAGUAGAAGAAAUUAGAUUUUAUUCAUAAUUGAUGAUUUUCAUUUUUGCCUCAGAACAAACUGACCUGGUAAGUUUGGAUGUUAAAUUGCUGCUUCUUCUUCAUCUCUAUGAGGCUUCCAAUGUCUCAGAGUCGAGCCAAACAAGCAGCUGAAACUUUCCUCUAGUUUGCCACGAGAACAGAGUUGUCGUUAAUCAUAGUGAAGGUCAAGCACUGCAGGCCGACAGCAGAGGGCACUGAGGGUCAAACACACCAGGGGGACACACGCACCUCUGAGCUGUGAACAAAUAGAGCUUGGCUGCACCUUCCCUCUACUCCUCCUCCUCCUCACUCUGUGUUCAGACACCAGAUUCACGUCCUAGUUUUUACUUUUUAUGUGUCACCUAAAGUUUUCUGAAUCUUGUUGCAUGGGGGAGGUGGCCUUGUUUUCACAAUGUUCUCAGAUUUAUCUUCAUGCUGGGUUCACUUUGUUACUUUGUGGCCUGGAUGUGUUACAAACUGCAGUGAGGGGUUUUGACACAUGGCAGCUGAGGGCUUGUCUCUUGUUUUUUUUCUAUAUGAAGACAGAAUUUGUUGAUUAAUCUUUCAUUUGAUUCACAGUUUAAAGGUUGGGUAGGAAUAAAAUCAAUGACAGAAGGUCAAUUUUAAAAAAAGAAAACAUCCUUCAAGAGUGUAACUGGGGGAAAGAAAUUUUGCCCUUCUGUUUUUGGAAAUGAAAUGAAAUCCUCAUUCCAAAUGACAGCCAUAAAAGCCUGCUUUAGCAAUCAUACACUGUGGCAUAAUGUAUGAAUAUGUUAAAGAAAAGUAAAGGAGAUAUGGGAACAGUGAGUCCUGGCAAAUGCACACAUAAAUCUCAGCUAUGCUCUGUCUAUAGGUGAAAUUGAUUACGUAACCCACAUGUAGCAGUAUUUUCUCUGAAUACUUUGAAUUAAAUACAUUUGUCUUGAACAGCCGGUACUUCAGAGAAUGUGUGCAGAAAGAUUGCCAUAAAAAUAAAAGUUAAUUGAAGUGAGAGAUAUGCUGCCACUGUUAAGGAGAGUAUCACACCCUCACACCUGCAUUCAUUGGUCAGACUCUCACACUACGGUGUCUCAUUUAGUUCUGUAUAAAACACAUUACACACAGUAAUUUUCUGUUUAGUCUCAGCUCAAUAUUAAACAAUUUAUCUCUCCACAUUUUUCUUUUUCAUAAAAAAGGUAUAAAUACUUAGAUACUACUGUAGAUACCCCAUAUAAAGCAUGCAUAACUUCUUUAUUGUAACUUUGAUUUCAUUUUCCUUUCUUUGCAUCUUCAUUUUAUUGAUCAUCUCACUUAGAUUCUUCUUAUCAAGCCAAAAGUAAUAAAUGCAGAUACAGGUUAGGUUUAGCUAUUUUUUCGUUGUGUAGUUUGUAUUUUUUCCAUUCAAAGUUGUAUUGUUGUUAUGUUUUCACCUUAAAAGGAGGAAAAAAAUCCUCUCUGUUUCCCUGAAUAAUUAGAUAUUUAUCUCAAAAUUUUGAGGAAAUUUUAUAAAUAUAAAAAUGUUGCUCAGUUUUAAGACUUUGCAAGAUAAUUUCCACAUAAAUUCAGAAAAAGAGAGCCAGAAAAAAAUAUCUUGUAAUUCCAAAAUAUUUGUCUGAUAAAUUAAGAAAAAUUAUAAUUUUUUAAUAUGAUUAAAUCAAAUUCCAUUACAUAUGUUUCAAAAGUCAAUUCGCUCAUCAAAUGUGAUUGGACUGAUGUUUAAAAAACUCUUAAAGUAAACGACCAUGUUACUUAAUUUUCUUUUAUCAGUGUCCACCCACAAUAUCCUAUCAAAAAAAAGUACAAAAAACGUCUGCAUUAGAGACCACUUAGCUAAUACCAGAGACUGUACUAUAUAUAUACGAUCUAUAUACUGUCUAUGGCUCAUACUUAAAAUCAAAACUUCAUUUCCCAUAAUGCCAUUGAACUUUGGUAACAGGCAAUGACGCCAUCAACACGCGCACAUAACCUUGUGUUGCAGUAAUGCUGUCAAGCCAGCUGUGAGAAACUGUGUUUAAAGGUUUAAUUCUCCACUGUGUCGCCGUCAGUAUUUAGGAGUAAUGAGCAAAUAUAUUUUACCAGUCUCUGUUUUCGGGACAGUGUUUGGAUGCGCUGUUUUACUGAAGUGAGUAACUAUGAUGUGUGUCUGUGACAUGAUGUAACUGUCAUAUUGUUCAGUCACAGAGAUUGAGUCAGUUGCUGAUUUCAAUAGGCUGUUGAAUUCAGACAUUAGUGCUGAACAUAGUAAUGAUUAUUAAUUAUCUUGUUUAAAAAUAUUAUAGCCACAUUUCUGCUUCUGCUAUAUAAAACCAUUAAGUUUCCUGAAAAGUUUUAUUGUGUUUUGUAGUCGUUGUUUAUACUCCACAAACGUAGUCGUGUUGGGCUCAGUAACCAUAUUGUCAACAUAUCUAAGUGAUAUCCUGUUCUCUCAUGCACAGCUAAGACAUUUGGUGUAAAGGGAUUUUUUGUUUAUUUUCCAUUUGUCAUGGUGGUUUUUUAAUUGAAAUAGAAAGUCCUGGGUUUAUCAGCAGAUUACCACUCUCAUCAAGGAAUCUUAUAUCUCCAUCAGCUUAGGGUGUGGUAACUUGAUAAAUCUUGAAUUUUAUGAAAACAUGCGCACAUUUGAAUACAGAUCUUAAAGAGUAAAUGUCUGAAAACCACUUUUGACACUAUUGGUCAGGCAAUGCAAUAUAACACAACCAGAGACCCUACAUGACUGUUAUUCACCCAACCAGGCACUAAAAUUUGCAUUGUGUAGUUUCAAGACUCGAUUAUUUUGUUCAGAGUUCCUCACAACCUCCUCAAGCAUUAAGCUUGUUCAACAAUGAUUACCAGCAGGGAAAUUUCAGGCAUAUGUUUAUACUUUGAUUUGCUGUUAAAAAAAAAAAAAUGCAACUAACCUACUGAGCCUGGAGCUAUUUGAGCCUGGAGCUGCAAGUGUGCGCUUCAUUUAGGUUGAAAUGUACUUUUUAGGAGCUACAUCUUUGUGCCUUUAGCUCUCUAGCAUCCUGCUAAAUUCCUUGUGAAUAAACACUGGCAGAAUAAUUGUUAUUUUGAGGUUUGAGAGCUCAAGGGUUGAAGGUUGGUUGGACAAGGUAGACACAAAAUAAAAAGUUAGGUUAAGCCUAGAUAGAGAGAGAUUCCUUUAAUGCUUACAAGUAAGGUGUCUUAAUUGAAACACUUAAAUUAGGAUCUUAACUUUGCUUUUUAUUCUCUGAUAGGAACCAUGUGACUGGAGGCCGCUGUCCUAGUAAGGCUAAGAUAACUGGGAAGACUGUAGUUAUAACAGGAGCGAACGCAGGCAUUGGGAAGGCAACUGCCCGAGAGCUGGCACAGAGAGGUGUGAAGAACACAUGAAGUCACUCUUAUCUGGUGAUACAGACUCACUCGAUAUAGACAUCUCUAGCAGUUUGAUGCUCUUUAAAGCCAAUCCCUUUUCUCAUUUCCACAUCAUCAGGGGGUCGGAUUAUUAUGGGAUGUCGGGACAUGGAGAAGUGUGAGGCAGCUGCGAAGGAGAUACGAGGGAAGACGCUGAACCCUCAUGUUUACGCUUGUCGACUUGAUCUGGCAUCCAUGAAGUCCAUCAGAGAGUUUGCAGAGAAAAUAAAAGAACGUGAGGCAACAAACACAUGGAACUAUCACUAUAUCCAAAGAUAUAAACAACACCCAGUGCUGGAUUUUUAAAUAAUAAUUUUAUUGUCUUGCAGAGGAGCAGCGAGUGGAUGUCCUGAUAAACAAUGCAGGGGUCAUGAGAUGUCCAGCGUGGAAGACAGAAGAUGGCUUUGACAUGCAGUUUGGUGUGAAUCACUUAGGUAUGUCCUUAAUUUAAGUUAGAAAAAGAAACUCUUCAGAAGUCUGUCUGCAGACGCUGUAAGGAAAAGUAUUUUAAUUCUCUUUACAAGGGAAUAAAUUCUCCUAACUUCCAUCACUACCUGUUUUUUUUUUUUUUUUUUUUUUUACUCCAGGCCACUUCUUGUUGACAAAUCUCCUGCUGGAUAAGUUGAAAGAGUCCGCCCCCAGCAGAGUGAUCAACCUGGCCUCGCUCGCCCACAUCGUUGGAGAGAUUGACUUUAAGGACUUGAACUGGGAGAAGAAGAAGUUUGAUACUAAGCGGGCGUACUGUCAGAGCAAGCUUGCCAACGUUCUGUUCACUAGAGAGCUCGCCAAGCGAUUACAAGGCAAGUCUUCUGGCUGCUGAAUAUGUGGGCAUGUGUGGGAGGGAGCACGCCCUAUGUUCUUGUUUGUAAUUGGUCAUUGGGUAUGUAUUUUUAAAGGUGUGUGUGUGUAUGUGUGUGUGUAAAACAGGCACAGGAGUUACAGUGAAUGCUAUACACCCAGGCGUUGUUGCCACGGAGCUUGGGAGGCACACAGGUCUGCACCAAUCACAGUUCUCAAGCUCUGUGCUCAGUGAGUAACCUGCUUCCUUAUUUGACUCUCAAAUCAAUGAAUGAUUAUCCAAUGCAUGCGCUAAUAUUAGUGGAUGCUAAUAUUAAAUAUUCCAUUCUUAACUUUUUUUUCUGAACACACAAGCCUAAACUGCAGCUGACCGACGCUCCUGUAACUGAAUAUAAACUCUAUAAUUUUACUACUACAACUUCCUCACUCCAGUGUUUGACUGAAGUUAGUCCUCCUGGUGUUUAUGGUAACUAUUUUAAACCUCAACCAAAAUAAGAUUGUAAAGGUACUUUCGUAUCAAACACUUCGGAGAUAGUGUGUAAGUAUCUUCAGUGUUUUUAGGAAAAGGAACUCAGAAGGCACCCCCACAUGCUUGACCUUACUGGAUUGACAUGUUGUUAUGUAUAAUAAUGUUAUAAAAAUACACAACUGAUUUCUUCAUUUUGACAAAUUUAGGAGUAAAUUCACACUAGAACAGCCAUUUUUUUCACCCUGUGACCUAAAGUAGUUCCUUCACUAUGGUUGUUCUGUUCUUCUCCUUGCCCUGCAGUGUCCAUUUAACCUUUUUAAUUUGACCGCAAGUGUAGAAGAGAGGACAAUAAUGAGGAAUAAAGAAGUUACCUGCUCCUAAAUGCCAUAUGUGAAAAGAAGAGAGGGAGGGAGGUGGUGUUUAAGCAGAAAGGACAGAAAGCAAAGCAGAGCGUGAAAAACAGAUGGAUCAGCUUUGUAUCAGCUCUUCUCCUCUUAUAGUCAUAAAACACUUACAUCUGUAUCAUAAUAAACGUAAACUACAUCAGAUAUAAGCUACAUCUCCACAUGCUGUGAAUAACAUUAGCAGUAAAUGUGACUCCCAAAUAGAGGUUUCAUACUGUAGAUCUGUGUGUGAUCAGUGCAGACACAUUUGAAGAGCCAUGAUCUGUCCAUAUGAGGACAGCCCAGUACAGAAUACCAUCAUUUUAGCUCCACACUUGCCUCUUUACCUCUCAGAUUGUUCAUUUUUGGUCCACAUUGAGAGCAACCUAUUCAUUCUUGUCCACUUCACUUUCUCCCAUUGCACCUCCAUUAAAAUUAAAAAGGCUAAAUGGACCUCUCUCAGGCAAGGGAGGUACAGCAGAGAGGAACAGAGCAAUCAUAGCAAAGCAACUACUUGAUGUUUGAGGUCAAAUGAAAAUGCCAGCCUAUGAGUGAAUUUCAUCCUUAAAAUGUCUCAAAAUUAAAACAUUAUUGUGUGUUAUUCUGCAACAUACAUAUACAGGAUAACAAUGUUAAUCUAAUUAGGUAGCAUGUAUUAUUAUUAUUUAAAAGCUCCUGUGGGAUUUUUGCCUUUACUUUUUGGAGGACAGGACAAUGAAUAGAGAAGGAAUCAGGGGGAGAGUGACAUGCAGGAAAGGAGGCUUGAAUCCAGACUGUGUGUGUGAGGUUCAUAACCCCUGCACAUACAGCUUGUGUAGACGCCUGGGCCAGCUGCACCUCACAAAGCACAAAAAAUCUCAUCCUGCUGUCUUUUCACAGUAAUGUAUAUUAUCCUCUGUGAAUGUUUGCUGUGGAAAAGCAAAAGAAGUCUGUUUCUUCAGGCUCAUGUAAAUUAUCUCUUCUUGCUUGUGGCUGCAAGCUUUGAAAAAAUACAAUUUUAAUGUUGCCAGUCUUAAUUUUAAAGAUUUAACAGUGGGUUUGUUGGCCUAAAUUGACAGAGGACAGAGCAGGAAACAAGAGAGAGCAAGGAGUGACAUCCACAGGGAAUCGAAUCCCCGGCCUCCUGUGUAUAUGGGGCAAGCCUAUACUACUCAGCCAGCUGUGCUCAAACUCCGUCAGUCUUGUUGUACAUGGUUUUGUUUGCUUUUGAAAGCUGUAAUGAGGCAUCACUGUUUUUAUUUCAGUCUGUUUUAUAACUCGUCAAGAAAUCCUCUCAGGGCCUUUGAAGUAUCAAAAGUAAAGGUAUUCAUUGAAAGCAUUUUUAUUCAUGAUGUAUAAUGAGUGGGCAAAAGUUUUCUGUUGAAUGUGGGUGAGUAGGCAGCAAGCUCUUCGUUUCUGUUUGGGUUUGCAGCAGUUCAAACCUCUCCAUCCACCGAACUCAGCCAAAGGCUUCACUUGGACUGCAGUUUUCCCUCUCCUGCACUUUAUACACCACCCUGAUUGCUGAUUGAGCUCGUCUGUGCCACAUCACCUGUACCGAUCACCUGCUGCAGAGAGGAAGAAAGCAGCAUCUGAAAUAGGGAGCGAGGAUGAUAAAUCACCAUGGCGCAUGAAAGUGAUUAAUUUUAACUAUUUCAUGUACUAUUUUGUAGUUUCCUUCAGAAAAUAUGGUGUAUUCUUGUGGAGUAAAGAGGCCAUAAACCUAAAUUAAGAGCACCUCAAAAGACAUAGUUAAUGUCUGGAAUAUUUUACAACAUAUGAUAUCUCAACUGAUAAGAGUUAAUAAAAGAAUCUAGAGAAUUCUGCAACGAACUUCCACCUGCACAAGUCACAACUCCCUGGAAAAACAACAACAACAACAAAAAAAAAAAACAUUUAUGGCUCAUGCAGUCAUUAAAAUACUUAAAAAUGAUCAAUUUUAAAAAUAGCCAUGUAUUUUUUUCUUUUAAAUAAAGCCAGAGAGUUUUGGGAAAGUAUAGAAAUUUGCCUUACAAUUACCUGUACAGUAGAGGAAGAUAUAUGGUCAUUCUCUAAAAAUUUUACUGGUUUAUCAGUGUUACUGAAAUACCAAUUUUGCUUCAAAUCGCACUUCUUCUCAUCAAUUUAUACUGCAGAUUUUUAAUUCUUAUUUUUCUGGUCAACACAGAUAUUUUAGAAAAUGUUUUGUCAUGAAAAAUUGCCACAAAGUUGUGGAGAAGUGAUGACAUUCAUUGGUAAAGUUUGUAUGAGCUCUGAGUUACAUUUGUUAUUGUAACUCUUCAAUCAAAUUACAGUUUACAUCAGGCCUUUAAAAUGUGAAAAUAAAGUUUCACACUGCAAUCAAUGAAGUCACUGAAACAGGUUUUUCAUUCCAGAUUUAGAUUUUUGUUCGAAGGUGAGUAAUGAAAUCCUGUCAUCUGAAUACGAUCUUAGAAAUCUGCAACAUCUGAAUAUGAAAAAAUACAAUCAAUCUCCUGCCAUUGUUAAUAUUUCCUUUCAUCAUGAACAAAACGAAACAGCAUGGAUCCUGGAUAUCUUGAAUUGCUUUUAACUCUAGCCAAUCAAAACAGCUGUCAUACCUAAUACUUAUAAAUCUGUUCACUUCACCCCCUCUAGGCCCCUUCUUCUCCAUGUUGGUAAAGAGCCCAGAGCUGGGGGCUCAGCCCAGCAUCUACCUGGCUGUGUCUGAGGAGAUGGAGGGAGUGACUGGACAGUACUAUGAUGUGAUGACAGAAAAGGAACCGGCUCCACAGGCUCUGGAUGAGGAUGUAGCCCGGAGGCUGUGGGAGGUCAGCAGCAGGCUGGUGGGUCUGGAAGAGGAAGGGGGACAGUCUGACAAGUCAAAGCCCCCUGCAGAGGUCCAGAACAAAACAGCACAGACUGACCCAGCACAGAUACAGAGACAGAGCGCAGGAGCAGCUGUCAGUGCUGUGGGGCUUUAA